UAGAGGUGAGUAAUAAGAGAAGAAAAAGGGGAAGUAGACCAGCUGGUCCUAUGCUGGGGGAAUCUACUAGUGUCUUAGGGAGCUCCAUCGGCCGCGAUGCUGCGGCUGCAGCUGUGGCAGCUCCCGAAGGUGGUGGCGGCAGCGGCGAUGGCUCGAAUAAUAAUUCAGGUGAAGAAACGUUCAGAGGUGGUCAAGAGGAAUUGUUAGGAGGUGGCGAGAGGAGCUUCGGUGGCAAUCGGUGGCCGCGCCAAGAGACUUUAGCUCUCUUGCGUAUACGGUCUGAAAUGGACGUGGCGUUUCGUGAUGCAAGUGUUAAAGGUCCUUUAUGGGAAGAGGUUUCCAGCAAGCUAGCAGCGCUUGGCUAUCAUCGAAGCGCCAAGAAAUGCAAGGAGAAGUUUGAGAACGUCUACAAGUACCACAGGAGAACCAAAGAAGGCCGCACCGGCAAGUCCGAAGGCAAGACUUAUCGGUUUUUCGAUCAGUUAAACGCCCUCGAAAAUCAACCUCCGACUCCGGGCAAUACUACUACUCAUCAUCAACCUAAGCCUCAUCAGUCUACAACGGUGGCAGCUGCGGCAACAAUGACAACAAUGGCAAUGGCUAACCCUCCCCCAACCAUUUCUCAUCUCAAUAGUAGUACUACUGUUCCAUCGUCAGCUGCCCCGCACCCUACAAUUCCUACUGUGUCCUCUCAAGGCAUUGCAACACCAACACUUAAUAACCUCACACUCCCCAGUUCAUUCCCACCAACAAACCCAAUAGUUCUUCCACCACCGCCACAACCUCCGCCGCCUCAACCAACAACAACAAACCCUACAAGCAAUCUCAGUUAUCAUCAUCAGCAGCAGCACACUGCAUUUCCAACCAUACCCACUGACCUCCUUUCCAAUUCCGCCUCUUCCUCCACCUCGUCUGACGAGGAGUUGGAAGGGCGGGCGAAGAAGAAGAGGAAAUGGAAGGACUUCUUCGAGAGACUAAUGAAGGAUGUGAUACAGAAGCAAGAGGAUCUUCAGAAGAGAUUCUUGGAGACCAUCGAGAAACGUGAACAAGAAAGAAUUGUAAGAGAAGAAGCGUGGAGAAUGCAAGAGAUUGCAAGAAUCAAUAGAGAGCACGAGAUUUUAGCUCAAGAACGAUCAAUCAAGGCAGCCAAAGAUGCCGCGGUCAUGUCAUUCUUGCAAAAGGUAUCCGAGCAGCACCAAAACCAAAAUCAAAACCAAAACCAAAGCACGCCGAACCAGUCACAGCAACUACCGUUACAACCAGCUCCACUUCCUCUUCCACUGCGGCAGCCUGCCCCACCACCACAAGCACAACCACAACAGAAGGUGACGACCUUUGACAUUGUUCCGAAAUCAAACAACAAUGGGGAGAACGAUAAUUUGAUGAUGCCACCGAGCUCAUCAAGAUGGCCGAAAGUGGAGGUACAGGCGUUGAUCAAGCUGAGAACCAGCCUUGAUUCUAAGUACCAAGAGAAUGGACCGAAAGGGCCGCUUUGGGAGGAAAUCUCGGGAGGAAUGAGGAAGCUCGGAUACAAUCGGAACGCAAAAAGGUGCAAGGAGAAGUGGGAGAACAUUAACAAGUACUUCAAGAAAGUGAAGGAAAGCAACAAGAGAAGGCCUGAGGAUUCGAAGACAUGUCCCUACUUUCACCUGCUAGAUAGUUUGUAUAGAGAGAGGAACAAUUUUGAUCAGAACAAUGUCAAUAGUACUAGUACUACUAAUUCUUCGAGCCAAUUCAAGCCCGAAAAUUCGGUACCUCUGAUGGUGAGGCCGGAGCAACAAUGGCCACCUGAGCCACCGCCGCACCAGCAGCAAGAUCAUCAGGGACUGAUGACGGGUACUGAUCAUCAUCAGAAUCAAGGGGAGGAUCAUCAUGAUCAGCAAGAUAAAGAGAACAAUAUCGGUGAUGAUGAUGAUGAUGAGGAGGAUGAAGAGGAGGAGGAUGAGGAGGAGGAGGAUGAUGAUGAUGAUGAAGGAGAUGGGAACUAUGAGAUAGUGGCAAACAAACCAGCUUCAGUGGGUGCAGCAACAGCUGAAUGACUGAGUCAUGACUUAGAAAAUGGGCAACAUAACAUGGAUUCAAAGAACGUGGGUCAGAUUUUGCAGGGCUUUCGGACGGGUGAGUGGGUCAAAUACAAUGUGGCGGGUCCUGAAUUUUGGGAAGAAAUUUAAAAGAGAGGCAAAUGGUGAAGGUGAGUGGUGACUGGUAAGAGGAGAGUUACAGUCAGGUAUCAAGUUAUAAUAUGUUUAUUUAUAAUUUAUUUAUUUAUUUUUUUCUCUCUAAAUAAUAAGGUCACGAGGAAGAGAUAAAGAGGGUUUAUCAACUUCGAGUUCCACGAUAAAUAAUAGACAGUUUUCAACUAGUGUUGUAAUUUUCAUUUUGGUUUUCUUUUUCAUGGGGUUGGUGGUGUAAAUUGUGAGUAAAUGGUUAUAAAUUAGUCCUUGAUCUUUCUGGAUGCA